AUGGACGCGCUCCCCCCGAACCAGGGCGGCGCCGGCGGCAGCGGCGGCACGCCGCCUGGCAAGCAGGGCGGCCAGCAGCAGGCGGGCCAGGCGCAGCCGGUGGUCGACCUGUUUGGGUCCGACCUCUACACAGCAGGCGUAACCCUGCUGCUGCUGAUCCUGGGCCUCAUGGGCGCGGCCAUGACCCCGCGGGCGUGCACAUGCUGA